AUGGCGUUCGGUGGCGGCGGGGGGGGGCACCAUCACCACCAGCUGCCCUGGCUGCUGCAGGUGCUGCUGUACGGCACCUGUCUGAUGGCGCUGGUCAACUCGGGCGCCCUCUUCAUCCUCCUGGUCCAGCAGAGCCAGCUGUCGGCCCGCAUCAUCCAGCUGGAGACGCGCGUCCAGGAGGUCUCCGAGAGCGCCGUGGUGGAGUUCCUGACCCAGGUGAGGGGCGCCGGGGAGGACAGAGAAGGAGGAGGAGGAGGAGGAGGAGGAGGAGGAGCGGACCAGGUGUACCAGCAAGGCUCCCGCAACAAGAGGAGUCAGGAGGAGCUCCGUCACGCCCAGGAGGAGAUACUCCAUGCUCAGGGGGAGAUAAACCAUGCCCAACAGGAGAUGCACCAUGCCCAGGAGGAGAUGCGGCGUGCCGAGGAGGAGAUGCGGCGUGCCGAGGACCGGCACAUGGAUAAGGAGAUACGGCGAGCGGAGCAGCAGGGAGAUAUGAUGAUGAUGAUGACCUACUCAAUGGUGCCCGUGAAAAUCCUGUUGGACAUAUGCAACACCACAAAAGGAAUCUGCCUCACUGGUCCCCCGGGACCACCAGGUGAGAUAGGUCUGCCUGGCGCGGAUGGAAUGCCAGGACACAAUGGCACAGACGGCCAGCCAGGAGCCAGAGGAGAGCCGGGGGUGGAGGGGCGACGAGGGAAACGAGGUCCCCCCGGUGAGAAGGGAGAGGCAGGUGAGAGGGGUGAGAGGGGGGAGCCUGGACCACCUGGGGAGAGAGCAGACGCCUCCAAUGAUGUCAUCCUGGAAGGUCCACAGGGCCCCGCGGGUCCCCCGGGUCUUAUGGGGCCUCCUGGUCCUGCUGGACCCCCCGGACCCCCCGGACCCCAAGGCCCAAUCAGAAACAGGACCCGCCACGCUCACCACACACAUCACAAGGCUCACGGCCUAUUCCAGACGGCUCCUAAUGACUCUACCGGCAAAGAGGGGGGAACCAAAGGCCAUGAGGAGGCAGCCGCAAAGAGAAAAGAUUGCGUCAUAAAAGCACUCGGCAAGCCAGAGAGCAUUACCAAGAUGUGGAGCACUUUUGGAGCCUGGAUGAAAGACGCAGCUGUGCCGCAUGACGAGCGCAUCUGGGUUGCGGAUCACUUCUCUGGCCGGACCAUGAGGGCCUACAAGAACAUUGCAGCAUUCCAGAACGGUAGCAGUGAUAACAUCGACGUCGGAAAAUUCUUCCAGGGCUGUGGACACAUUGUUCACGGGGGCUCAAUAUACUACCACAUCGCAGGCACUUUCAAUAUUGCCAAGUAUAACCUUGAGACCAAGCGGCUGCACACGUUGGCCAUCGAGCACGCCCUGUACCACAAUCUGUCCUACCUGCUCCACAACUCCAAGACCUACUUCAAGAUGGCGGCGGACGAGAACGGCCUCUGGCUCGUCUUCGCCUCCAGCCAGGACGACACCGUCAUGGUGGCCCAGCUGGACCAGAAGACCUUCUCCGUCUCGGCCUACGUCAACACCAGCUUCCCCAGGGCCAAGGCGGGGAACGCCUUCGUGGCCUGCGGGGUGCUGUACGUCACCGACACCAAGGACACCCGGGUGGCCUACGCCUUCGACCUGCUGAAGGGGAAGCCGCUCAACGUCAGCUUCGACUUCCUCCGCUCCUCCUCCUCCUCCUCCUCCCCGCCGCCGGCUGGCAUCCUGGCCAUGCUCUCCUACGUACCGCAGGAGAAACAGCUGCUCGUCUGGGACAGCAGUUACGUCAAGUCACACAAAGUGCAUUUUGAGGACUGAGAGAAUGUUUUAUUUUAUUUUUUACCAGCAAAUUGGCUACGUUUACAUGAGACAUUUAAUUCAGAAUUAAACCCUGAAUAAAGCUCAAUUCCACUAUGUCACGUAAACACCUCUUAAUUCGGAAUUAAAUGAAAGAUCAAAGUAAAUUCUGAAUUACUCAUUCGGAAUUAAAAGCCUCAUGUAAACGUAGACAUUGUCUAAAUCUGUGCUGGGUGAUCUACUGUAGUUCCAGGGCUUCUCCUUCUCAAGGCAACCCUUCAGCCAAGUUAACGCACAAGAUUGUGUUACUGUGGAGGUGCUAGCUAAAUGGGAAUAUUAUGUACAGUAUUUGAAUUGUUGCUUCUGAAGUCAGGUGGCCAAUCACUAGUCUGAGCUGAGUUACCCAAAAACAUUUAAGUAGUA